AUGCCUGAUUCUGACUCUUUCAGAAGCUCCAACAACAGCUUUCCAAGCACUAGAACUUGGAACAUCAGCGGUGUUGGUCCCUGGUUGCUAGCCUUCCUGUUGACCAUCAUCAUCCUCAUCACCGUCUGUGGCAACGUGCUGCUCAUCGUGUUGGUUUUUGUCCACCGGUCUUUACGGUGCACCUCCAACUGCUUCUUGGUGUCUCUCUUCCUGUCGGACCUAAUGGUGGCGCUGGUGGUCAUGCCCCCUGCAAUGCUCAACGUGCUGUGCGGGGCCUGGGUGCUGUGGCCGGCCUUCUGCCCAGUCUGGCUCUCCUUUGAUGUCAUGUGCUGUAGCGCCUCCAUUCUCAACUUGUGCGUGAUCAGCCUGGACCGCUACCUUUUCAUCAUCUCGCCUUUGCGGUACAAACAAAGGAUGACCCUGCCUCGAGCGCUCCUACUGGUUGGAGCGGCUUGGGGCUUGGCAGCGCUCGCUUCCUUUCUCCCCAUCGAGAUGAAGUGGCACAGUUUAGGCCACUUGAACGGGCACCCUUUGGCUUCCGCAGGUAGAAGCACCAACAUCACCUCAUACUCUGACUUGCAGUACCCAGGGUCCUACUUCCAGCUCCACGACGUUUACUUUCAGUGCCGCCUGCAGGUCACCUUGCCCUUCGCUCUGGUGGCGUCCUUGCUCACCUUCUUUUUGCCCUCUAGUGCCAUCUGCUUCACCUACUGUCGAAUUCUUCUGGCAGCUCGUAGACAGGCCAAGAGGGUCGCGGCCCUGAGCCACCCACCCCACCCUCAUCCCUCUCUCGGGGAACCAUCUCGGCCUCCUUCUCUUGGGGAUGGACCUCACCAAGAUGGAGAUGACUGCAGUCAUCAGGAAGCCCCAGUACCACAAAAUGUACUGCCAUCGGUGAACAGUGAGCGCCAUCUGGCUCACAGACAGGGUCGCAGGGCACUGAAGGCCAGCCUGACGCUAGGAGUUCUUUUGGGACUCUUCUUCUGCACUUGGCUACCCUUUUUCAUCACCAACAUGGCUCAGGUAGUGUGUGAGUGCAUCCCCUUGGCCCUCUUCGACGCCAUCACGUGGUUGGGGUACUGCAACAGUACCAUGAAUCCCAUCAUCUACCCGCUCUUCAUGAGGGACUUCAAGCAAGCGCUUGGUAAGCUUUUGCCGUGUUCCUCCUCCCGGCUGCCAAGACAACCAUCGCCAGUGCUCUCGCUGUCCCUGCGCAAUUCGGGAGAACCAAACAUCUGCAGCGAGCCCCCAUCCCCUCUGGCUUCUGACACCACCCCCCCACCUGCCACCGCGACGGACGCUGUGAAUUUGGUGGAUGCUGAACAUGCUGGGAUUGAGCUGCCUCUUCUUCUUCCCAAUCAGGUAGCCAUGUUGGACUGAAUGAAUAGACUGGGUA